AUGAAGAGAAUUUUAGUGACCCAAAUGCUUUCUCCGGCGAAACAACUGUGGUUUUCUGGGAAAAGAGUAGAAGGAGCUGAUCACCUUGUCCGUUAGGUGUACAAGCAAUGCAGUGAAGGUGGUUUAGUGGAUGUGAGGAUUGCUGCAAGACACUAUUGUGGAAAUGUAAUUAGGAAAAUGGUGUUUAAUAAGAGGUUUUUUGGAAAGGGAAAGAAGAAUGGCGGACCUGGUUUUGAAGAAGCACAGCAUGUUGAUGCUCUUUUUAGAAUUCUUGAUCUUGAUUAUUCAUUUUCAUUUUGUUUGUCUGAUUACUUGCCAUGUUCGGAGGGCUUUGACUUGGGUGGUCGUGAGAAAAUUAUUAAAGAGGCUAAUGGGAUUAUAGGAAAAUAUCAUGAUCCUAUAAUUGAAGACAGAGUUCAACAAUGGAAGGAUGGAACUAAGAAGGAAGAAGAGGACUUGCUUGAUGUCCUUAUUACUCUAAAAGAUGAUAACGGCAAUCCUUUGCCAUCGACAUAUGAGAUUAAAGCUCAAAUUACAGUAAUUCUCACUUUUCUCUCCUUCUUCUACUUAGUAAAAUGAUUUAUUUUAUUUUAAUUGGCCGGAAGAAUCCGAAGGCCACUGCUCCACUAAUCCAAAUUCCUGCCGGACAGGCCCAUAAAGGGGACAA